AAAGAUUCAUCUGUUUAAUAUUCAGUCAAUAUUUGUGACUUUCCUGUCGUAUCACUGCAGAUUUGUCUUAUGUUAACACAUGUUGCACUGUUCUUUGUCUAACAGAGGAUAAGCCCCACUAUGUAGGGGUGUUAUUAGUAUAGUUCUGCUCUGGACGACUGGAAGAGUACAAGAUCUGGGUCCGUACGUCCCAUCCCAAUAGGCGCUAGUACCUAAUUCAGCAAGUAUGUUGUCACCUAUCUGGCUGAUCUCCCUGAUCAAUGUGGGGCAAUGAAAGUAUGGUAGGAUGGGCUUCAGGACUCUUAUCUCUAACACGAUGACCACCUGAAGUGUGAUGUGCUCCUAAACCGAACUUAAGGAAAUGCUAUGGAUAAUCCACAUGAUGAUGAACCAAUAGCAGGAAUUCAAAAAGAACUGCAAACCAAUGAAUCUGCUCCAGCCGCUGCAAUGGCCCAGACUUAUUUGGACAAACUGGACAUUGUUCCACUAAAUAUUGCGAUCACAGGAGAGUCUGGUUCUGGUAAAUCCACCUUUGUUAAUGCCUUUAGAGGCAUACGCAACAGCGAUAAGGAAAGAGCUGCCCCUACUGGUGUUAAAGAAACCACCACAGAUGUUACAUCAUACCCCCAUCCAAAUUAUCCCAAUAUUACACUUUGGGAUCUUCCUGGUAUCGGCACCACCAAGUUUCCAGCUGACAAGUACCUGAAGCUUGUUAAAUUCAAAAGGUAUGACUUCUUCAUCAUCAUGUCAGCUGAUCGCUUCAGAGAAAAUGAUGUGAAGCUCGCUAAGGAGAUUCAGAAGAUGAAGAAGAAGUUCUACUUUGUUCGCUCAAAGAUUGACCACAACAUACGUGAUGAGGAAGAAACUCAGGGUUCAGAGUUCAACGAAGAAGAGACCCUUAAAGAAAUAAGGGAGGACUGCAUUCAAGGUCUUGUCGAAGGACGUGUUGAGUCUCCACAAGUCUUCCUGGUGUCCAGCUUUAAACUCCACCUGUAUGAUUUCCGUCUGUUAGAGAAAACCUUAGAGGAAGAACUUCCUGCACUCAAGAGGAAUGCUCUGCUGUUGGCUCAGGAUCGAACCUGGCAGUGCCUAUUGCUGUGAGGCAGCAGUGCUGACCAAUGAGUCACUGUGUUGUCCCAAGUUUCAGGGCCUCUGUUUCCCUAAAUUCCUGGUACCCCAAGAUCCUGUUGCCCCAAGUUCCUGUUGUCUCAAGAUCCUGUUUCCCCAAGUUCAAGUCAUCAAUACCUGUGCUGUCACAGUUACUUUGUUUAAUGUUGUAAUAUUUAAUUUAUUAUAUGAAUUUAUUUUGUUUGAACACCCCAGUGUGAUAUCAUGGAUCAACCUGGUCUCACAGAAUUCCGUGAAAUGAACACGGCCCCUUAACUCAAAAUCUGUGGCAGUUUCACGGAAUCGCAAAACAUUCGGUGAUGGGCCCACGGAAGAAUUCUGUGAAAUAAACAUGGCCUCUUAAGUUAAGGAAAAGGUCAUGGGUGGGAUUACGGUUCUGUGACAUGCUGGAAGAACGUGACAGAAAAGAAGAAAGCAACUUUAGGAAACUUGACAUGCGGGACACAAAACCCGGUCUCUUGGGUGAAAGUCCUGUGUUUGACCCUUGUUACACGGAAUUUCGGCCUUACAUGCUACUCGCUACCGUAGUCGCUCUUAAUGCUACGUCAUCUUCUCAUUGACUUUACAUUGGCAUUGUUUUCCGUGGUGGCCACACAGAUCUUUCACACAUUCCAUGCCACCACCACGUAACGCGCUGUUAACAAUUCGUGAUCAUUUCACGGAAUUCUGUGCGACCAGGCUGCAUGGAUAGAUAGAUCUUUAUUGUCAUUGUGCUCAAAGUAUAAUGACAAUAUGUUUACCAGCUCUUCAGUAGAUUUAGUAAUAGUGACAAGGUUUUUGGUGGUGAGGUAGCAGCAUAAGGAGUUGUUAGUGCAAAAAAGUUGUGCAAUGUUUCAGUCUUUGGCAUUAUGGGGAAGACUGUCGCCUUAUGGGAUCAUUAGGUGGUCAUUUCAAACUUAGUCUGCAAAGCUAAGCCAACACUUUGAUCAAAUGAUGAUGCUAACGGUCUAACUACUGUAUCCCUAUGUGCUGUCUUCCCGUCGACCGUGCACUUGUUGUCCUCCCGGGUCAAAAUUAAAAAUGAACACCUUUUUGAUGCUUUUUCUGACAUUGAUAUCCCUUUCCUCAACACUUUGUUUUUGUCGCUUUAUGUUUACGUUUUUGAUGCUUUUGUUACCCAACCACCACUAUCACCAAGUUAUCACCACAUUUACACUUAUUUUUGGAAUUCAUAGACAAUAAUCCUGAUUUGUAGGAAAUUAUAUAACAUUUUUGAGUGAUAAAAGCAGAAAUUAUGAAAUAUCUGGACUAAUAUUAGAGGAACGUAUGUGGAUGGAUAAUCAGAGACUUCAAAGAGUCAGCGUUUAGUCAGAAUACAAUUUUGAAACCAUUUAAAUAUUUUUGAAAUGCCAAAACUUGAAUAAAACAUCCAAAAUUCAAUAAAAGUAGAUAUCAUGAAUUGUACGUGCGAAGACCAUUGUAUGGAAUCAAUCUAAUUUUUGGGUAAUAUUUCUGAUUUUGAAAUUUUGAAAACGGGUCAAAUUGGACCCAAGGAAAACAUCAGGUUUAAUCUGAAUGAAAUGAAGGGUUUUGAAAAAUCAAAUCAAAUGUUCAUUGACAUUAGCUACAAUUUGUGAUUUUGUCAUAACAUGAAAUGAUUUGAAACUAAUGUACUUGCACUUGAUUCUUGCUGUUAGGAGUUUGUAACUUCAUGGUUGACUGAACUUAAUGGAUAAAAGCAUCAGCUAAAUGUUAUGUGAUGAAUGUAAUG